CUCCUCAUCCUGCUGAAGAGCUGGUGUGAAGACUCGUGUGUUGCGAUGCAAUACAGUGGCUGUGCCUUUGCCAGCAAUUCUGGGGACACGUGUACAGCCCUCCUUGCGUGGGUGGGGAACGUGCUAUGGGACAGUGCAGUGAUCUGCAGCUAGGAACAUGCAGUGCUCAAAUAGUCGUUCUCUCAUGGGCUGUCUAGGUAGCCUUGGGUGACACUGAGCUGUGCUUUGUGACAGGCUGGACCGAAGGGUACAGGACCAAGGUGUUGGGUGCCAUUGAUCUGUGACACUCUUGGCUGUGCAGGGACCUGUCCCCAGAGCUCUCUUAUGCAGUGGCUCUUCACGUGACUGUCUUUUGGGUUUCAGGUGACAGCAAGCUCCAAAACCCUGAAGUACAGCUGAGAUGUCUUAUCUGCCCUCCAAACUGCAAAUCCUUGGUUAAAGGGAGUCCUCACAGCCACCACCAGGCCCUGCCAACUUCUCCAGCUGUUCCCAGCUACUCCUGCAACACUGGCAGCUUUCAAAGGCCAUUGCACAGUUUCCCCUUCAUCCUGCCCUCAACUCUCCCAUAGAUUGGAUCAGGGAAGGCAACAGGAUGCUCAACAGCUCUGGUAUAAAGCAUUUAAGGCUUUAGGAUGCUGGGACCAGCCGGGCUCGGGUUGCCCACCUGAUCCUUGCCACCCGUGUCCUGCUGGCACACCAUGUUGCGCUCCUGGCGCACGAAGCUGAAGCUGCUGCUCGCCACGGUGACCCUGGCCAUCCUUCUCUCCUGGCUCUACCUCUUUGUGGGGAGCCUUGAAUAUGGCCGCUUCCUCCUGCUGCCACCCUGCCUAAGCGAGCAGCCAAGCCGGGAUGUGGAGCGGGAGGCUCUGGCCUCACGGGUGCGCAGGGUGGAGGAGGAAAACCAGCAACUCCGCCUGCAGCUCAGCCAGGCUCAGAUGGAGGGCAGCGAUGGCAGCCCACAGUGGGGAACUUCUGCCGAGGAUGGAGAUCUCCCCGGGGGCGAGAGGAACAAUCGCACAGCCUGCCCCAAGCAGCGGACAGUGCACAAAUGUGAGCUCCUGCAUGUUGCUAUUGUGUGUGCCGGGCACAACGCGAGCCGGGACGUCGUCACCCUGGUGAAAUCCAUACUCUUCCACAGGAAGAACCCCCUCCACUUUCACUUCAUCACAGACUCCGUGGCCCACCAGAUCCUCCAGACACUCUUCCAGUCCUGGAUGGUGCCUUCCGUACAUGUCAGCUUCUACAACGCCGAUGACUUGAAGCCGGAGGUGUCGUGGAUCCCCAACAAGCACUACUCUGGCAUCUAUGGGCUGAUGAAGCUGACGCUUACCAAGGCACUGCCCUCCAACCUCUCCAAAGUCAUCGUCUUGGACACUGACAUCACCUUUGCUACCGACAUUGCUGAGCUCUGGGCUGUCUUUGGGAAGUUUUCUGAAAAGCAGGUGAUUGGGCUGGUGGAGAAUCAAAGCGACUGGUAUUUGGGCAAUCUCUGGAAAAACCACAAACCAUGGCCGGCCCUGGGACGUGGCUUCAACACGGGAGUGAUCCUGCUCCUGCUGGACCGCCUGCGUCACCUGGGCUGGGAGCAGAUGUGGCGGCUGACGGCAGAGCGGGAGCUCAUGAGCAUGCUCUCCACCUCGCUGGCCGAUCAGGACAUCUUUAAUGCGGUGAUCAAGCAGGACCCAUCCCUGGUGUACCGGCUUCCCUGCUUCUGGAAUGUGCAGCUCUCUGAUCACACCCGCUCAGAGCAGUGCUACACCGAGCUUUCAGAUCUCAAGGUGAUCCACUGGAACUCACCCAAGAAGCUGCGGGUGAAGAACAAGCAUGUGGAGUUCUUCCGUAACCUCUACCUGACCUUCCUGGAGUAUGAUGGGAACCUGCUGCGCAGGGAGCUUUUUGGCUGUGCCGGUCUUCCCAGCCCACCCAGGGGCCAGCUACAGCAGGCGCUGGAGGAGCUGGAUGAGGAUGAUCCCUGCUAUGAUUUCCGCCAGCAGCACCUCACACAGCACCGCAUCCACCUGUUCUUCCUGCAGUAUGAAUUCUUGGCAUUUCCCAACCCUACUGAUGUCACCCUCGUGGCCCAGCUCUCCAUGGACAGGUUACAGAUGCUGGAGGCCAUCUGCAAGCACUGGGCGGGCCCCAUCAGCCUGGCGCUGUACAUGUCGGACGCUGAGGCUCAGCAGUUCCUGCGCUACGCCCAGGCCUCGGAGGUGCUGAGCGCCCGCCGAAACGUCGCCUACCACAUUGUCUACAAGGAGGGGCAGUUCUACCCCAUCAACCUCCUGCGCAACGUGGCCUUGGCCAACACGCAGACGCCGUACGUCUUUCUGACGGACAUUGACUUCCUGCCUAUGUAUGGCCUCUACGAUUACCUCAGGAACUCCAUCCAGCAGCUGGAGCUGCCCCAGAGGAAGGCAGCUCUCAUUGUGCCGGCGUUUGAGACCCUGCACUACCGCCUGACCUUCCCCAAAUCCAAAGCAGAGCUACUCUCCAUGCUGGACAUGGGAUCCCUCUACACCUUCAGGUACCACGUGUGGCCAAAAGGCCACGCCCCAACAGACUACGCCAAGUGGCGGACGGCCACCACGCCGUACCGUGUGGCGUGGCAGCCAGACUUCGAGCCUUACGUUGUAGUGAGGCGAGAUUGCCCCAGGUAUGACCAGAGGUUCGUGGGCUUCGGCUGGAACAAAGUAUCCCACAUCAUGGAGCUGGACGCACAGGAGUAUGAGCUGCUGGUCCUGCCCAAUGCCUUCAUGAUCCACAUGCCCCAUGCCCCCAGCUUCGACAUCUCCAAGUUUCGCCUGAGUGCAGGGUACCGGGGCUGCCUCCAGACGCUGCGGGAGGAGUUCCACCAGGACCUGUCACGGCGAUAUGGGGCUGCUGCGCUCAAAUACCUCACCGCCGAGAGAAGCCUGUGACGCCUAGGGACAGUGGGUGUGGGGUACAAGCAGCACAGUGGGAGGAUGCAGGGCCUCCCUCCUGCCCCUGCCCACCGCCGCAGCCCAGCCUGAGGGAACGGAGUUGGCAGCACAGCCUCUCCAGCCCACCAAAGGGAUACCCAUAGAUAAGGUGGAAGAUACCAGCUGCACGAAUAGGCAGUGCCUGGAGGUCAAGCUGCCACAGCCUUCCUGUGUUACAGGGGAACCUCCUUAUGCCAGGGGGUCAGCUCUUCUCCCUCCUCUCUUUCAGUAGAUGUGGGUUUCCUAGUUUUCACUAGCUCACUUGACCUUGAGGCCUGGCUUCUCCAGAGGCCUGGGAGCUGUGCCAUACCCUGCUCUGCCUCUGCUCAGUGGUGCCUGUUUCAGUCCUUGCAUACUCCUCUGGGGCUUUGGUGAGCGGGAGAUGAGGUUGUAGAUCAUCCCUUUGUGGAGCAGGCUCAGAGGAAGCCUCCCAGCACCUGGGAGCUCCAGCCAGGGAGUACCAGGAGUUGUUGGAGAUCUGGUUCAAGCCCAGAUCAAGGCUGACUGGUUAACAGUGGAGAAGUAUUAUUACUCCCGAUCCAUAUGGAUACAGUCUCUAGUGGAGUUGGCCCUGUACUGGUGGUGCUGGAGUCACCUAGAGCAGGAUGAGCUCCCAGAGCAGGACAGGCUGUCUGCUGUCCCCAGAAUGAGCUCCCUGAAUAGGCCGGCACCUUCCAGCUGGCAGCAGCCAUGGCAGUGACAGACCUGUCUCGCGUUGGCAGUGCCCCACAGGGCAGGGCUGCGAACCAUGGCCAGGAGCAAAACAGCAGCUUCACGGGCCAGUGCAUGCUGAGAGAAGUUUUUGGCAGGGACCACCCUGCUCCUCCCCAGCUCGUGGCAGCGCAGUCGUUGCCAUCAACAAUCAGGGAUGUGACUGACACUGGAAAAGACCAUAGCUGAGCACUGUGGCAGGAACCCUGUGCCAGGAGCAGCUUGACCGGACACUGUUCUACCACUAUCACACACUGGAGCACAGAGGAUGCAUUGCUUUCCUCACGCUGUUUAAAUUAUUUAAUACUUUCCUCAUAAGAAUUCAGUAAAUUAGGGUGUCUGGGGUUCUUCUUUUUUAAUCCUUUUUUCCUCCAAGAUGAUUUUGCUGGCAGCCCUGGAGGCUCUCUGGGCCACUUGCUGCUGCAGCCUCUGCUGUUCUCUCCUUAGCUUCGCUCUGGGCUACAAGAGCUAGAGUUAGCUCUGUGCAGGGGUGAGGGUUUCCGUCCGUGGUGGGAGUGACUAAGAGGAGCCAUACAAAGCACGGGGUAUGGAAAGGGCACAAGCGCCUCUUGCUUUUUUUCUCUUUUUAAUUUAAUUUUUAAAUUAAAGCUUUUUUAUUCUUUUUCAC